AUGGCACCGUCUACUGCUACGCCGACCGAUUUGCACCGAGCAUCCGUUGCCUGUCUCCAGUGCCGAAAGGCAAAGGUCCGGUGCCUUGUCACCCAGCGACUGGAUCAGUGUAACCGAUGUUUAGCAAACAAUACAGGCUGUGUUUUUACUCAGGCAAAAAGAACCAGGGCAAGGCCGCAGCCCUACCCUCAACCGCCAUUGCCACCUGACGUUGAGGAAACGACGAAUGAUCGAGACGAAGACGACCAAAAUGAUGGAACUCGAGUAUUGGAAACGACGCUCACCCAGGUUCCGCCGGCCGACAAUGAUCACGGCCUACCCGAGAAACCAGGACCCAUAAUCACUGAUGCGAUCCGCUCAAGACUCAUUGCCACUUUAUCGUCAUUAAGAAAUUAUAGGGGUGCUCCAUUUAGUUUCAUUACCGCUGAGGGGAGCCCAGUGCAGCACCAGCGCAGUGAAUCGCCCCGGACACCGCAUUCAUUGACUCUCUCAUCGCUGCUACGCCCUCUCAAUUCAAUAAAUGACACCAUACCCACAACUAAUAAUGCGAACCAGUCGCCUACAAGCUCGAUCAAAAUGCCCAGUUACGUAGUAUCCAUGACUCUAGGCCACGCCAUUAGCGACCCGAUUGACGGGGGUAUACUCACCCUUCAAGCUUCAAAAGGGUUCUAUGAGUAUUUUCUGGUCCACAUGAAUGCAAAAUGGGAGUAUAUCCUGGAUCCAAGACAUGACACCCAUGACGAUGUCCGACGGCACAGUCCGCUACUAUUCGCGACGGUGCUCUUCUGCUCAUCCAAGUUUGCCGGCUUCGUUGAAGGUCGUAUCGUCUCCGAUACAGACCCUUUCUUGCAGACUCGUCUAUGCAGCCUAGCGAGAAAUCUUGUCAUUAAGACGCUUGCCGAGGGAAAUAGGUCCAUAGAGACAAUGCAAGCUCUCUAUUUGCUGGCCUGCUGGAAGGACGGGGAUGAUGACGUCUCAUACCUACACAGCGGGUACGCGUUUCGCGUCCUCCAGGAUAUGGACUUACGAGGUAAUGAUGCAGGUAGUAGAGAGAUGGCGAGGCGGAGACGAAUAUGGUUAGCUCUUUACCGGCAGGACAAACAGCAGAGUUUGUUCUUCAUGCGUCGCUCGUCUUUCCAUCAAGGGGACGAAGCUUUCUUCCUGAGCGAUAACGCCGACGUUGACACGUUGCUCAUAGACACAAUAUCGCGCUGUAGUGCGGAUCUACGGCGGAUCCAGAGCAAGCUCCGGGGAUUAGUCGAGAACACAUCCUCGUUAAUGCUGCCCUGCCUUGAAGAUCUGGUGGAAGAGGAGAUCAGUACGUGGCGAUCGAAGUGGAAUCAUCUUGUGAAUUGGGAUAGGGUAGGAGGAUCAGGAGAUAUUCCGUCUGUCGACCAUGCCAUGUUGUUUCCAGAACGUCACCAUCUCCAAACAACUAUGCAGCUGUUGGAGCAGAGUGUGAGACUCAACGUGGCUUCCGCUAUGCUCCGCCAAUCUCUCGUGGUUUCUCUAUCGCCUUCUAGUCGCCCUGUUCCUUGCCAUGAAGUGCCUCACCUGGAUAUUGAUCUGUCAGCGCUGCGGCGAGAUCGUUGCUACAAUCUAACAGGAUUAAGGAGUGGUAUUGAGGGCGCAUUUGGCACUCUCCGUGCACUGCUAUGCAUUCCCCAGGACGAUCUGAGACGAGCUCCGGAUGCGAUUCUUCUACUUGCACCGAGCGCAGCUCUUUUCCUUUGUCUACUUCUGUGCCUGCCAGACAGCGGUAUGCUUGGGCCCAGUUUCCAGAGGAAAGCAGCCAGCUUUAUUUGUCGCAUAGCACAGUACAUGGCAGGCUCUGUAAGGUCACACAACGAUAGCAUGGUUCUGCAUUCUGCGUACCUAGACUCUGUGGUCAAUCUUCUGGGCGUUCCUGCACCUGAGAAUGGGCAUCCCUCGGUCUAUGUUGAGGAGUUGAACGCACAGCACAUGCACGCAAGUCAAAAUGAUCUAGAUAUCGAGUACACCACCAAUCAACCGACCCAAGGCCUGGCAGAUAAUAUUGGUGCAGGUGACGCGAACGCAGGAUACAACGAUGAUGGAAUCAACGGUUUGUUUGGGGACGCAGAGCAAAAUAUACCUAGGCAGAGUCUGGUGAACCUUUUAGAGGGAGAUUUGUUCUGGGAUAUUCCUGCUACAACAAGCAAUGUGUCUCUUAACUACUGA